CGCGGGUAGCCCUAGCAGCGGCAGUGGCUGGCUGCGAGCUGGGCGAUGCACCCGGCUGGGCUGUUCUGUGUCGCCGCGGCGCUGCGGCUGCUGCUGGCGGCCCACGUGGCGGCGGCGUUCGAGCCUAUCAGCUUGGGCAUCGCCAUCGGGGCCGCGUCGGCCCUCACCGGCUACCUGUCGUACACGGACCUGUACUGCCGCUUCGCCGAGUGCUGCCGAGAAGAGCAGCCGCUCAACGUGUCGGCCCUCAAGCUGAAUUUGGAGGAGAAGCUCUUUGGGCAGCAUCUGGCCACAGAGGUGAUUCUCAAGGCGCUGACUGGCUUCAAGAACAACAAAAAUCCCAAGAAACCACUGACUCUUUCCUUACAUGGCUGGGCUGGCACGGGCAAGAAUUUUGUCAGCCAAAUCGUGGCUGAAAAUCUUCACCCCAAAGGUCUCAAGAGCAACUUUGUCCACCUGUUUGUGUCGACCCUGCACUUCCCUCACGAGCAGCACAUAAAACUGUACCAGGACCAGUUACAGAGGUGGAUUCGGGGUAACGUGAGUGCAUGCGCGAGCUCCGUGUUCAUAUUUGACGAGAUGGAUAAAUUGCACCCCGGGGUCAUUGAUGCCAUCAAGCCAUUCCUAGAUUACUACGAGCAAAUUGAUCGCGUGUCUUACCGGAAGGCCAUCUUCAUCUUUCUCAGCAAUGCAGGCGGGGACCUCAUAACUAAGACGGCCCUUGACUUUUGGCGGGCAGGGAGAAAGAGGGAAGACAUCCAGCUGAAGGACCUGGAGCCGGUGCUGUCUGUUGGGGUCUUCAAUAACAAACACAGUGGCCUGUGGCACAGCGGGCUGAUAGACAGAAACCUCAUCGACUACUUCAUCCCCUUCCUGCCCCUGGAGUACAGCCACGUGAAGAUGUGCGUGCGGGCGGAGAUGAAGGCCCGCGGUUCUGCCGUCGACGAGGAUGUCGUCACCAGGGUGGCAGAGGAGAUGACGUUUUUCCCUAAAGACGAGAAAAUCUACUCAGACAAGGGCUGCAAGGCUGUGCAGUCUCGGCUGGAUUUUCACUGAGCUCCCCUCCGGGUGGGGUGAGGCGCGGCCGGGAGCCCGGGGACUCGGGGCCUGGCCUUCCCAAGCACUUUGAAGACCUCUUCAGGGUCUGCACAUUUGCACCGGUGGACUUGCGGGAUAUGGAAGGUUCUGAGGGCUGAUGUUUGAAAUGAUGCUCAUCUGUUUGGGGUACUUGUCGUUUCGCAGCAGGACAGCAACCCAGCCGUUCACUGCGGUUGAAGAUGAACUUUUGAAGUCCCUCCCCUCCCCUGCCACUACCACUUAACUGACCUUGACAGAAGUGCCUUGAAAACAGCUGUGUGAGUGAGACCCAAGGACUCUUUGUGACCCAGCGGUACCCACACCUCGGAAGCUGAACUGAAGGAGUUCGAGGGCCCCGCUGCAAUCCGGGCAGCACUGGGUUUUCACCUGCCAGAAACAUUCUUCUGCUCUAGUUCCUCUUCUUUACAGAGCGCAUUCACUGACCUGAAGUAUUUUCAGCUAAGAUGGGUGGCACCUUGAGGCGCAGUGUCGUGUGGCAGGACCUGGGCCCACGGGCCGAGCACGCAGCUGGGGGAACUGCCUGUGCGCGGCAUGGGGGCUCCACGCCGGGGCCCUGCAGCCGGGCGGGCCGGGCGGGACCUCUCCGUCGGUCCGUGGCUUUGCUGCUGGUGACA